UGAUACAAAUUCAUGUUUCAUGUGGGCGUUUUGGGAACGCGUUUUGGGAAUGUGUAGUGAUGGUGUGCUCGACAUGCAACCUGUACACACAUUUCCGUCCUCACAGGUUGAUCCUAACGACCUGGGCGAUCCUGAAGAUCUGCGAGAGCUGUUCGACGCGGCACGGCAGAUAAUGAAGAUGCGGAUCGAACUGGCGGAGCUUGCAUCAGAGAAGUCUACGGGUCUGCACCACAGAACGCAGGAGGAAGAAGACGAGUUGGCCGAACUGAGGGAAAAACUUGCGUCAGCUCAAAAACAAGCGUCUCAGGUGCCUCGGCUGAAAGAGGAGAACCGAGCACUCGGGAAGCAGGUGUCACAGCUGGAGAACGAGCUGGACGAGUUGUCCAACCAGCUGCACCGCUCGCAACAGGAAACUGAUCGCCAGCUGAGCGCCAAGCUACGUGACAAAAACACCCAUGUGGCUCAACUACUGGCAGACUUGCAGGUAAUCUUUCAUGUUCCGAAUAUCUCAAAGCCUCCUUCUUUCCUGUAUAAGCUAUAUGCAAUAAGAGAGUGGUAAGCUGGGCUAGUCGGUAUGUGUCCAUAGUCAUAAACAGCGCAAAAAACUAGAGACAAAAGGGAAGAACAGCGCUCGUCCCGUGUUGUUGUUCUCUUUUGUUUCUAGUUUUUCGCCCUGUUUAUUACGCUGUAUAUGCAAUAAAACUUUUUGUUGUGCUAGUUGGUUAUUGUCGUGUCGUGUGUGUUCCUCGGGUGGAUGAGUGAGUGUUUGCGGGAGUCAAGGUUGCGCUGAUCAUCCUACACUAUGUCAAUAUGCAAUAAGCUCGAUCUAUUUCACUUAGUACGACACUUUUAUGCUAGAAAGUCGUGGGAUUCAAACGUCUCCAGCAAUUUAUUUGUACUAUUUUGUUAAAUCUUCUGCAUUUGAUGUCCGAUAAAUA